UUCCUCUCCUGCCCCUCGCCGGCGCAUGCGCGAGCCCGUGAAGAAAGCCAAGCCUUGGGCGGCGCCAUUUUGCCGGGCUUUUUCUGAGGGGAGAUUUGAGAGCAGGAGAAAGCCGCGGCGGCGGAGCAGCGACAACAGCAGCGGCGGCGGAGAGCGCGUCCUUGCUGCUCCGGGAGGGUCGAAUAAGUGACGGGGAGAACCACACCGCCACCAUCUUGGCGUUCAGGGCAUCCGACGGGGCCGGCCGGGCGAGGCCUGAACGGAGCCUCCCGUCGCAGCCGCCGGCAGAGCCGCAAAACAAGCAGGGCGAGCUUCGACCCCGACGGUUCUGGGCACCGGAGAUGGCCACGCAGUCAGCCCCGAAAGUCGUGCUUAAGAGCACCAGCAAGAUGUCUCUUAACGAGCGCUUCACUAAUAUGCUGAAGAACAAACAGCCGAUCCCGGUGAAUAUUCGCGCCACUAUGCAGCAGCAGCAAUUAGCCAGUGCUCGAAACCGGAGGCUGGCCCAGCAGAUGGAAAACAGGCCUUCCGUCCAGGCUGCCUUGAAACUCAAGCAGAAGAGCCUGAAGCAGCGUCUGGGGAAAAGUAACAUCCAGGCACGAUUAGGCCGCCCGGCGGGAGCCCUGGCUCGUGGGGCCUUAGGAGGACGGGGGCUGCCGAUGGGGCAGAGAGGCUUUCCCCGGGGCGCCAUGCGCGGGGGACGCGGAGCGCGGGGGCUGUUGCGCGGAGGAAUCCCGCUGCGAGGAUACAGUUUGCUUCGGGGAGGCCGGGGUCUCGGCCCCCGGAUGGGCCUGAGGAGAGGAGGCAUGAGAGGGCGGGCAGGGCCCGGCAGGGGUGGCCUGGGCCGAGGAGCCAUGGGACGGGGCGGCCUCGGCGGCAGAGGUCGCGGCAUGGCCGGCCGGGCCAGGGGCGGCUUCGGGGGCCGCGGAAGAGGCCGGGGCCGAGGCAGAGGCACCACUCGCCCGGCGCUGACCAAGGAGCAGUUGGAUAACCAGCUGGACGCUUACAUGUCGAAAACGAAAGGACACCUGGACGCCGAGCUGGAUGCUUACAUGGCCCAGACGGACCCGGAAACCAACGAUUGAGACUGGGGAAGGGGGACGGGGACCCUUGUUGGGGGGGGGGGGGCAACGGGGACGGGGCGUAGAUUGGUCCUCUGACUCACAGCGACCACCACGAACGCCGCCAAGCUCAUCCUGCCGGGGAGGGGCCUGCGAAGCGGGAAUUUAGAAAGCCCAGGAGCUUUUCCCUUUGAAAUGUUUCCCUGCUCCUGGUUGUGCGGAGGGGAGACCCUUUAAUCGGGGGGGGGGGGGUCUGAACAGCUCCUGUUGGGUCCCGGUCCUCCGUCCCAGACCCCCCCCCCAAUCUUUGCCCCGCGAUGGAGGAAGAUCGCAUGUCUCCCCCUUCCUUCCUCUCCCCCAAGUCCCGGGGGGGGGGGGGGGCUUUCCCAACAGGUCACAUUGUGACUUGGUGGCUGGGGUCUCAAGCUGGCAGCAUCCUCCUUAACCCCCACCCCCACAGGAGAAAAACAAAUUAAAAUUACGCCCCCAAAUUUGAUUUUUCUAAACCCCAGAAGAAGCCGAGGGGGGUGGUUGUUUUUUUAAUGGCGACAAACACGUGUUUUUUUUGGGGGGGGGGGGUUGGUUUGCCAAGGAGACGGUCACUCUUCUCUUUCCCCCACUUCAUCCUCCUCUCUCUCUCCCCCCCCCUCCCCGUCGCUAUUUGCGGUUUUGUGAACGCCUCCGUUCCGAAAGGCAUCUUGUAUGUAACAUCCGGGUUUUCUGUAAGGAACAAUUCAUGGCAGGGAAAAUGAAAACUCUGGACUGUG